ACGCCAUUUUCUCCUCGUCAUUAGCGGCGGCGCUCGGACUCCGCGUAGCAGCCGAAGAGGAGGCGGCGGCGGUAGAGACGGGCGACACUCCGCACGAUUUCAUGUUGUCCAAGUGACAACGGACUUGAAGGCAACUGAGAAUCCAAAAUGGCGAAGCACAACAAGGACAUUGAAGAGGAGCUGUACGACAAGGUCGUCGAUCUGACCGAGUAUGCCAAACGUCAGCGAUGGUGGAACCGUCUGUUUGGCAAGACGUCCGGGCCUUUAGCAGAGAAAUACUCUGUGGCCACACAGCUAGCCAUAGGAGGAGUUAGUGGAUGGUGUGCAGGUUAUCUCUUCCAGAAGGUUGGCAAAGUUGCUGCCACUGCUGUGGGCGGAGGGCUUCUGUUGUUACAGGUAGCUAACAAUAGCGGCUACAUCCAAGUGGAUUGGAAGAGGGUAGAGAAAGAUGUAAACAAAGCAAAGAAGCAGAUCAAGAAGAACACGGAUAAAGCUGGUCCGGAGCUGAAUACGUUAGUUGAGAGGUCUACAGAGUUUGUGAAGAAAAACAUCGUCGUCACAAGCGGGUUCGUCGGAGGCUUCCUGCUCGGCUUGGCUAGCUAGACUCAGACGAUUGACGCAACACUCCCAAACGUUUUGCCGCUUCUGGAAAAGGGAUAAAGCUGUUUUCCAAUGCGUUGGCGACUAGUAGCUAGUAACUGUACCUCCCCUGUCAUGAUGGAAAAAUACACAAAGUUCUCUUACCAGUCCAAACAAUUGCAGUUGUAUUAAAGGGGUGUCCAAGCUUCUUCAUCAUGGUAGAAAUGUAAAUAAAUGCCAGACUUUGGACUUGUCAUUAAGCGAUAAAAAGGAGAGGAAAAAAAACAAUUAUUUUGUUGCAGCUUUUUAUUUAUUGUUACUGCCAGUGAAAUGUUGACAUUGUGCUAACUAGCGCAUGCUGUCAAGAAAACUUUGGAUCCUAUUUCAAGUGAAUUUUCAUGCGGAUUGAUUUGGACUUAUUUUGCCCUGCAUUUAUUUUGUGUACUUUGUAAAUGAGCAAUAAGUUUAUGCUAAAUGUAUUGCAGGCCACUCAUUAGUAUGUUGUUUGAAAUAAAAAUACAUUUGAACAUUA